AUGGGGACUUUUACAUUCCAAUGGCCUUACGAUGCGAACGAGGUGUUCGUCACAGGCACUUUCGAUGAUUGGGGUAAGACGGUGAAACUGGACCGGGUUGGCGGCAUCUUUAUCAAGGAAGUGUCGCUCCCGGUACGUGAGAAGAUUCAGUACAAGUUCGUUGUCGACGGUAUCUGGACAACUGACAAGCGUGUUCGAGAGGAGAACGACGGAGACGAUAAUAUCAACAACAUCCUUCUGCCGGAGGAGAUCAAAGAUAGCGCCCCAACCCAACUUGAACCUGCUACCAACGCAACCAUGUCUGGUGUGACCCCCGAUUCGACAACCGCGGCCCUGGCUGCGGCUGUCCCCAAGGAGGCCAACGGAAACCUGCCCGGUACCUUCCCCGAGACGCCGGGACAAGAGUCCGAGCAAACACUAUCCGUGAACCCCAUCCCAGCCUCGGGUGGCUACGGGAAUCCCAUCAAGUUGAACCCUGGCGAGAAGGUCCCCGAUCCUAGCACAAUCCAUGGCAACACUGUCGACUCGACUGUGCGACUAGACAAGGAAUCUUAUGAAAAGGGCGACAGCGUGCCCUUAGGCAGCGCCGGAACCCAGAACGACACCGCUGGAUCCAGUGCCUUUACCGUGCCUCCAGUGACAAAGAACCUCAUUCCCGAGUCCAGCCUUCCCAUCGGCGGACCUGCCCAGCGAGCUGCUUCCACCGAACAAGAGCUUUACCACGCUGGUGGCCCUGCUCAACAGGCCGCUAUGGCCGACCCUGGCGUCACCAUCCAGUCGGCGGCCCCCACCUCGACCACCGCCGCUCUUGCUGCCGAAGUUCCUCUCGAGAAGAACAAACAGACGAAUGGCACCGAGCCGGUGAAGGAGGUUCCGGAGGUAGUGAAGGAGUCGAUUGCGGAAGCUCACGAAGACCCUGAGGCUACUGCCAACAAGAAAGCCGUUGUGGAGAAGAGAGAUGUGGAGAAUGAGCUCCACACGAAGGUACCUGUAGAGGAAUCUGCAGGAGCCCCAGCACCAACUGCGACCGCAGCUACAACAUCUACCGCACCUGGUCAAGGCCAAGGCCUCGUUGUCCCCCCAGUGGACUCGGCCGAUGUAUCACCAACCUCGACUCCUCCCCCGGACGAGCAUCAGCCGCUCCCGCCCCCACCUCCGCCCCAGCAACUGAAGACCGGACCCACCGAGGGCAGCUCCAAGGAUGAAAAGAAGAAGAAGCGACUGAGUGGAUUCUUCAGCAAGCUCAAGGAAAAGCUCAAGUAG